AUGUUGACAAGAAACAGGCCGAGUCCAGUCAUCCAGGUUACAGUGAAACAGACAGAGACGGACCCUGGGUUGAUUGGAGUGGUUAGUGUACCAUUAUAACUACUCUGCAGCUCCAUUCUACUACUAUAUUAUAUUAUGGAAUAUACAUUUUUGAGUUAAAGCUUAGAUGUUAAUGAGCACUGUCCCCCCUUUUUUCUUCUUCUAUUAAUCAUCAUCCAUAUCUCUUGCCCUUACAGGAGUGUCCAAAAUCAGAAGACUUAAAGAAUACUGAAGGUACUGUACUCUCCUAUAUUUUUAAAACUGGUCUGAUUCCUACCUGUAGUGGGAAAUGGGUUUUCUAUUCUCAAAUCUCACUGUGAGAAUAAAAUGCUCUUCCUGGAAUGCAUUGUAUGGCUGUAGUGAUAAAAUGAUCACUACUCAUUAUGCUAGCCUAGCACAUUAUUGCUUCAAAUAUGCUCAGAUAAGCAUGUUGUCAGUUUCCAGUAAAUGUUCUCACAUAAUGUUGGUUUUGCAAAGUGUUGCUGAAAAGAUCUAUAUCCUUUAUUGUUAGUUAAGAGCAGAAAUUGUAAUGACUGAGAUGUUUUUCUUCUUUUAUUUAUGAGCCAUUCUAAAUUCCUGUCAGUAUGCUCUUUGUAAUAGUAGUGUAUCUGUUGCAGCCCAGAGUGACAGGAUCCCCAAGGAGAAACAACCCAGAGAGAGCCUACAGCCUGAGGAGGAGCUCUCCCCAGAGGACCUGUCUAGCCCCAACCCUGACCAGGCUGCCCCUCUCCUGCUGGGGGAGCAGAAGCAUGUGGCUGGUAGGGAGACUGCUGAUGAGGGAUUGCCCUCCUCCAAGGGGAGUGAUGAAGAAAGCACAGAGGAGACGGAGCAGGAGAAACAGCCCCAACAGGACCCCAACAACAACUCUCUAGAGGUCAUUCAGGAGCAUGAUGACCCCCUCCCACCUCCUCCUCAGAAUGACCAGCCAGAGGAGACAUACUGCUCAGAUGAGAUCGCUGUUGUCUUUGUGGACAACUCUGGCCCAUCAGCCCGCCUGGACGAGAACGACAUGGUCAAGAUCAUCAUCACCAUGAGCUGUGAUGCGCAGACGGCUGCGGAGCUGGAGGAGUCGGUCAAACAGAGCAUCCUGGAGUCUGCCCACACACAGAUGGGCAUCGACCCUCAUGGAGGGGCUGCUGGCGACUGCCUCAUCAAAAUCCCUGUUAUCACCUUUGACUCGCCUGAGGAUGAUGAACGGAGUGAUGCAGAGAAUGAAGGGGAACCCUUUUCUGAGGCUGACCCUGCCCAGCUGCAGACCCCAAGCCCAGACGGCCAGAUCACCAAAGAGUUGAUGAGCGCUGACUCUGCCGCUCUGGACUGCCGGGACUUAGAGUACAACGAGGCAGACCUGGAACACCCCAGCCCCCAGUUGACCACAGCCGACAACAGCUCCUCUGGCAUUGACGUCCACUCCCACCCUGACGAGAACGACCCUCCGGACCUCAACGUAGAUGCAGACGGCUUCCUGCGAAUCCCAUCUAUGUUCAGGAAGUACGGCCCGGGGGGCAGGACACACGUGCGAGGCCUGAGCAUGGACAGCGGGAAGGAUGCAGUCCUCAUUGCUGACAGAUCACAGAAUAAACAGACCACCAUGACCUCAUCCAAGUCAGACCUGGAGGCCAAGGAGGGCCAGAUCCCCAACGAGUCCAACUUUGUGGAGUUUGUGUCGCUGCUGGAGUCCAUCAACAGCUCCAGGGGAGCCAGUGGCAGUGCAAACCCACCAGAGGAGGCGACAAAGGAGGAGGACAGAGCCAUGGAGGAAGGUGAGUCCAGGCAUAUGCGGGGGGUUUGUCAGAUAAUGAUGAUAUAAAUGUAGACAUUUAAGAUUUUAGGAGGGAAGCUAUUGUUUCUGUUGUACUAAAAGCUGUGUUUUACUCAUUCUUGACUGGUAAAAUUUGUAUUGCUUUUGCAGAGGACGUCACUGCAAAAUUUGAGGAUAACACAGAGACAGAGAGACAGCAGGAGCAGCCAAACCCUCCCAAUACUCUGGCCACAACAGACACCCUCCACACCAUCUCCGAAACACGGAUCCCCAUUGUGUCCCCAGACAGGUAAACCUUUUCAAAUGUCUCUUUGAUAGAAAAGGUUGUCAUCACAAUUGACUUUCUUUUGAUAUUUGAUCUGAUCUUUAUUUUGAUAUAAUUGUUGUACAGUUUGUCCUCUACUCUCAGUCCCCAGACAGACCGGGAUAAAGACCCAGACUACGACUCCCUGCCCUCCCAAACAUCUCAGUCAGAGAGCUCCAUGCUCCAGGUCAUAUGCAGACCAGAGGCCACCAACAAGGAGGACGCCUAUACUUUCCAUACAGUCCACAGUAAGUACAAAAUAUUGUUGCGCUGCAUUAAUUCACUGAAGUCUACAAACUCGUUAUAAACCCUGGAUAAUGUGGUAGUGAACUGACCCAUCACUAAGCUCCGCCCUAGAAUUUUGGGCAACCAAUCGCAGCACUUCAAUGGAUAGCAACUGUCGAUACAUUGGACAAGAUUACGUUUAAAUCGCAUGAAAACUGAUAGUUUUCUUCAAAAAAUAAAUGUGUAAUUGGCUAAAUAAUUUAACAGUAUCUUACUACUGCGAUUCUUGAAAUGAAGAGCCUGAGUAUUUUUUUUAUCCAAAAUUAUACUUUUGUUACAUUGUUUGCUAGCUCAGCUGGUUAGCUAGCUCAGUCUCAUUGACCACCAAACGUUGCUAACGCUAGCUAGCUAGCCACUUAAUAUAACUUGUUUUUCUCAAAAUGUAUGUUAGCUAGCUAACUCCCAUCUGCUGUCGACAUCAGGAUAUGAUUUGAGAGCACUAGCUAGCUCCAAAAGUGGUUAUAGCUUUGACUGCUUGCUGACAGUGAAUUCAGGGCCAGUCAGUGGCUAGCUACACUACAAACAUAAUACUACCAGGUUCCCGUGAAGCAAUUGUAAUGACAGUCCACCACAACAUAUCCAAGAGUUUCCUGAUUAGCAAGGGGUAGUCUGUAUUUAAUUGAAUUGUGUAUUAGAAACACAGUUUGAGAAUAUUGUGAGUGGAUUUGUUUAUUAGAAACACAGUUUGAGAUCAUUGUGAGGGGAUUUUCACCAGUGGUUCAAUGGGAAAUUGGGCUUCCCGGGAAAAUGUUGGCAGAGGUUGCAACAGUAACCAAGGGUCAGUUGUCUGUGCUAUUAUUGCCCAGCUAUUGUAUAACAUACUGUAGUGUAACAUACUGUAUAUCACUUACAUCAUUUCAGGUAGGUGUUUUAAACAUGAGGUUCUGUCUGCUCUCUAUUCCAGGAGACAGACCUCGUAAGCUGUAUGCUGAGAGAGCCCUAAACCUACCCCUCGGAGCUGAACUUAUCACAGGCAACAUGUGGUACUAUAACCUCAGUUAUUUAAUAUGUAAUAUUUGUAUGAAGUUGAUGUUGUGUUCUAUUUACAUUUGACAAUGUUAUUUUUUUAUUUUAUUUUUUACGUCAUGUGCUUUUACAUGUAAACCUUGUCGUGUACCCAGUGAUCUCCUGUCCACUUCCUCCAACUCGGAGUGCCAGGACGGGCUGGCGGGCGGGCAUACAGACUGCCCCUUCCAGCGCCGCAUCAUCCCUGCACACAGGCUUCGGCCUCGGAGAACUCACCCCGAAAUCUUCCAGGUGACUACAUCCCCCCCAUCUCCUCUCUCCUCCCCACUCCACCCAUAAACCCUUAUCUGUCCCAGACAGUGGACGCAGGCAGCCAAGGCCAAGCGGUGCUCAGACUCAGCACUGCAAAUCAGAGUGCUGGCCAUUCAUCAAACUAUAGUGACUCUGUGAGCAGAACAGAAACUGCCUGCCUGGCUCAGACAUCACAUAGCACAUUGUCCCUCUCAGCGCCUCAGUGUUCACAACACACACACACACACACACACACACACAGGAAAUACACUGGGUGAAAUGCACUGAUGAUUAUUACUUACAUUGUAGCUGUAUGAGAUAACUGAUCUAAACAUUAUCUGUGUCAUGACAGCGUGUAGUCAGUUGUCAUGAGCUGAAACCAACAGUCAUGACUGUUUAAGACAUCUAUUAUGUCAGUGUUUAGAUUUAUUUUACACUACAACCUGAAUUCUACCACUGACAGGAGGAGGACUCGAUUGAUGAAUCAUCAGAGACCUCCACACAGGAAAAGCCCUCUCGUAAGCUGUACUACAAGCUCAAGCUUUUUCCUGGGAAGUGGGUAAACAUCUUGUAUGACCGGCUCACCUUGUUGGCGCUAUUGGACAGGUAAGAGAAAGCGCUCCCAUUCUAUCUUUCCUUUUCCUUUCCCUUUUCCAUUUCCCAUUUUCCAUCUCUCAGCGAUUGAUCAACUAGUUAACAGAGACUUUACUUUGACCUUUGCUCUCUGUCCUCAGGAACCAUGAUGUGGUGGAGAACAUAGCAGUUGUGUUCCUGGCCUUCCUGGUGGCCUUCCUGGGAUUCAUUCUGCUCAACCACGGCUGCUUCAAAGACAUCUGGGUUUUCCAGUUCUGCGUGGUCAUCGCUAGCUGCCAGUACUCGUUGUUAAAGGUAAGGAAGGUAUCUAAUUUUGUAACAAAGCAUGAGGCUUAAUCAACCGUACAACCAUUGCUUAUCUGUAUUGACAUAAUUCAGAUCAGUGAAAGGAUACCAGAUCUGUGAUAAUACUGUGCCAUUUUCAAUGCCCCACCACAUACUCCACUGUAACAAUGGAAUUAAGCUUUAGCUAAGUACUUUUUAUCCGACACAUUGCUGAUGGAAACACAUUUCUCGGGUCAGUCAUUGACUGUAUUUCAGUUAAUCAUGUUAAUAACACUUUGAACAAAUUGUUUGUAUUACAGAGUGUCCAACCUGAUGCAGCCUCGCCAACACAUGUGAGUCUGUAUGGAACAUAUUCUAAAGUUAUAUUGUGAAGAUACAGGUAACUGCCAAAAUAAUGGAAACAAUUGAGUAAAUGAGGGAUACAAAGUAUAUUGAAAGCAGUUGCUUCCACACAGGUGUGGUUCCUGAGUUAAUUAAGCAAUUAACAUCCCAUCAUGCUUAGGGUCAUGUAUAAAAAUGCUGGGUAGGCCAUUAUUUUGGCAACCAUGACUAUGCCCCCAUAGGAUGACAAUGCCCCCAUCCACAGGACACGAGUGGUCACUGGAUGGUUUGAUGAGCAUGAAAACUAUGUAAACCAAAUGCCAUGGCCGUCUCAGGCACCAGAUCUCAACCCAAUUGAACACCACUUAUGGGAGAUUCUGGAGCGGCGCCUGAGAUAAAAAUGCUAGGCAGGCCAUUAUUUCAGAAAUAAUAAAGGAAAAGGCGCAACACUCACUAACCAUUAUUUUUAUUUUAUUUAAGCAAGGUUAAAAGAUUAACAUUUCGGCCUCCAAUGGCCUUCAUCUGAAUAAUCAUCAGGAUUAUUCUGCUGAAGGCCAUUGAAGGUUGAAACGUUAAUAUUUUAACCUUACUUAAAUACAUUUUUAGUUUAAUGGUGAGCGAGUGUCGCGCCUUUUCCUUUUCUGUGUUUAUUGAAUUUUUUGGUUGCACCUCGACUCACGUUGUUUGAGCGCCCUCCACUUCUUUCCACAGGCCAUUAUUUUGGCCACUAUUUUGGCUAGCAUGGCUAUGCCCCCAUAGGAUGACAAUGCCUCCAUUGUGGUCACUGAAUGGUUUGAUGAGAAUGAAAACGAUUCAAACUGUAUGCUGUGACCGUCUAAAUCACCAGAUUUUAACCCAAUUUAACACUUAUGGGAGAUUCUGGAGCAGCGCCUGUGACAGCAUUUUCCACCACCAUCAACAAAACAUAAAAUUAUGGAAAUUCUCAUGGACUAAUUGGGUCGCAUCCCUCCAAUAGAGUUCUAGAUACUUGUAGAAUCUAUGCCAAGAUACAUUGAAGCUGUUCUGGUGGCCCAACGCUCUAUUAAGACACUUUAUGUUGGUGUUUCCUUUAUUUUGGCAGUUACCUGUACAUUUUCACUGGUUGUUUAGUAAAAAAAAAAUUCCAGGUAGACGGUUCGAGGCUUUCUCUAUUUCAUUUCUGUAGCACUCUCUUCUCUUGAUGUUUUCCAGGGACACAAUCAGAUUGUUGCAUACAGCCGGGCUGCUUAUUUCUGUAUUUUCUGUGGCCUUAUUUGGAUUCUGGAACAGAUGUUAAGAAGUAAGGAUCUGCCUGUGUCCACUGUAUAUGGCAUCACCAUAGUAUUAGCAGAUGCUCUCAAAUUCUUGAGAGACAUUUUAGUGGGUAAGUCACGUACCGUAAAUCAUUCCCAUGACCUUUUUUCAGUCAUCUCCAUGAAAUUAUUUUAGAUGAUGUGUUUUAUUUUGACAUGAUAAAAAGCUUAUAGUUCUAAAGUCAUGUCUGUUCUUUAUUCCACAGGCAUCACCUACUGCUUUCCUAUCACAUUUCUCGUUGGCCUGUUCCCACAAAUCAACACCUUUAUGAUUUACCUGCUUGAACAAAUAGACAUUCAUUUCUUUGGUGGAACAGGUGAGUAGCACUCUCUUCUCUGUUUAGCUUGCCCUUCAUAAUACCAUGAACUGAAUGCAAACUGUACCACCUUAAACCUAGCCCUCAACCUGAUUCCUGUGUGUCCACUUCCUUUGUCAGCUGCAACUGGACUCCACUCAGCAGUGUACAGCAUAUUCCGUAGUCUGACGGCAUUAUCUUUGCUGUACGGUUUCUGUUUUGGAGCUCUGAAGGUAGGAUUGAAUUCAUUAUUGAGUAAAGACGUGUAUGAUUACAUGAAGGAUAUGUUUUGCACUGCGACGGAACAGUUUGUUGCUGCAGAGGCAGCUUAGUCGAGCAUGAAAAAUCAAAUCGCUUUUUAAGUGGCACCUCUCUGUUCUUUCAGGCUAGUGAAACCAUAUUCUGCUUGGGUGAUGAUUUAGUAUUUAUAACUGCUGGUAAGAGGGGUAUAAGUAAAAAAAAAAAAAAACAGCCUCAAGUAGGCUCUCUGGUGGAAAAAGUUAUGCCACUAUGCCUGCAGUAAAGCAAAGUGUCCAUAUUCAUCCUCACACAUAUCAUGCCUGAAUGAGUUCUCUGUAUUUUUAGGGGAUGGUUAGCAUAUAACAUUUUAAAUAAAAUGUUCUGCUUAGGUGCAAAUAUCAAUAUUUAUAUUCUAAAGGAGCCCUGGGAUGAACAGCAUACCCCAGCCUUGUUCUCUGGGUUCUGCGGCUUGCUGGUGGUUCUCUCCUAUCAUCUGAGUGGGCAGAGCAGUGAUCCAACUGUGCUGAUGUAAGCCGCCUGCUUUUCAGCUCCUCCUAUUGUUAUGCCUGCUAACAUGCUGACUGUAUGAGAGUUGUUAGUGCUAAGGUUAAGAUAUUCUCAUUUGUUGUGCAUGGCAGGUCUCUGAUCAAAUCCAAACUGAUGCCCACUCUGGUGGACAGUGAGGAAGAGGAUGAAGACUCAGAAGACAUCAAGGAUCCUCUUCCAGAGAAGCUCAUGAAUUCAGUGGUAAGUCAGAGACUUGCAUUGUUUCCUCCACUUCUAAAUGGAUUUGUUCCACUCAAAAGCUGUCCUCUGUUUUUGUUUCAGGACAAAAGUUUGACUUUAACACAUUAUUACAUUCCGCAAUUGUGAUAUUGUAUGAUUUGCUUUUGCAGAAGGAGAUUCUUCUUUCGGAUCUUGUGGUCUGCUCCAUUGCCUACAUUUUAACGUUUGCUAUUACUUCAAGCACUGUCUUCCUGUCCUUAAAGGUGGGUUACCUACAUCCAAACACCAUCUCUAAACGAUGUGUCAUAAGUGUUGUUUGUGUCAUAAAGCAAUGUUGUCUCAUCAGUAAAUAAUGACUGUGGUGUCGUAAAUAAAAUGUUAUUUCAUCGGUUCGGUAUUCAGUCAACCCCCCUUGCGCUCCCUCUCUCUCCCUCCCUCGCUCUCCCUCAUCCUCUCUCUUUCCCUCUCCCUUUUCUCCCUUUCUCUCUCUCUCUCUCUCUCUCUCCCACACUCUCCCUCUCUCUCCCUCUUUCUCCACAGCCCUUUGUGACCAUAGUACUGUAUGCACUGGCAGGGACAGUGGGCUUUGUCACCCACUAUCUCGUACCCCAGUUACGGAAGCACCACCCUUGGCUCUGGAUCUCUCACCCAGUACUAAAGAGCAAUGAGUACUCCCAGUUUGAGCCCAGAGGUCAGUCCUGCCUUUAUUGUUUAAAAAAAAUGUUUUCUGACACAAUGCAAUCUUUCCUACAGUAGGCCUUUUGCAUCUCUGGCACAAAUUUGAUGAAACACUACAUUUAAUAGCCUAUAGUUCUAUACACAUGUGUGGGUUCAGUUAGUUGGGGAAGACCUCCUUCCUGUGCUUUCAUCUUUGUCUGAUGUUGAUUUUAGUUUAUUUAUAUAUCAGUUUUCAUUCCCCCUCUUCAAAUCCAAAACCAAUCCAUGCAGUGUUGUCAUUGAUCCAUUUUCACAAACAAGGAAGGACUAUAAAGAUUUGUCAAAUGCUGCAAAAGUAAUAAACAGCUCUUGCGUGUUGUGAUUAAAGUUGAUUUCAUUUUCCAGAUGAUGCUCAGUUGAUGUGGUUUGAGCGUCUGUACGUGGGCCUGCUGUGUUUUGAGAAAUACGUGGUUUACCCAGCCAUCAUUCUGAGUGCGCUCACCAAUGAUGGCUUCUCACUCAGUCACCGCAAGAAGCUAGGCAUCCAGUGAGUACCUUUCUCCUAAAGAUUUGUAUAAAAAACACAUACUCCCUCCUUUCCCUGCAACCAAGACCCAGACCUGGGUCAAAUGCAAAAGUAUUUGAAAGUAUUUGAUGUGCGCUUGGUGUAAUUUGGGGUUUGCACUUUUGGAACUAUUCCAGUGGUUCCAUUGUACCGAGCUAAUUAAAUCAAGCGCAUGCCAAGUAUUGGACGUAUGUAUUGCAGGUGGGCAUUUAUUGUCAUGAGUCUUGCUUGCCCUGGAGGCAGAACUGAGCAGUUUCCACUAGAUGGGCCAGCUGCAAAGUCAAAAUGUUCUAUAUCAUAAAAAUUCAUGAAAACAAAAAUGCUUUUUGGUCUUAAUUUAAGGUUAGGGUUAGACAUUAGGGUUAGCAGUGUGGUUAAGGUUAGGUUUAAGUUUAAAAUCAGAUUGUAUGACUUUGUGGCUGCUGUGCCAGCUAGUGACCACUCUGCAGAGAUGCUUCCAGUACAUGAGUCAUCCCAAUAAAUGCCAACCUGUGUAUGUAUUUGACCCAGGUCUUCUAAGAACCAUUUUCAGUUUGAAACCAUUUUAUUUAGAAAAUCUGUCUAACAUUCAGUUUGGAAUGUAAAGUUAAUCUCUUGGCAGGUAGACAGUGUGAAAUACUUUAAACUUGCCUCUGUCCCACUUACGUAAUUACCUUAAAAUGUCAACAUAAAUCUUAAUGUGCAGGUAACUGCCAAAAUAAUGGAGCGUUACAAAGUAUAUUGAAAUUAGGUGCUUCCACACAGGUGUGGUUCCUGAGUUAAUUAAGCAGUUAACAUCCCAUGAUGUAUAAAAAUACUAGGCAGGCCAUUAUUUUAGAAAUAAUAAAGGAAAAGGCGCAACACUCGCUAACCAUUAUUUGUAUUUUAUUUUAUUUAAGGUUAAAAGAUUAACAUUUCGGCCUCCAAUGGCCUUCAUCUGAAUAAUCAUCAGGAUUAUUCUGCUGAAGGCCAUUAAAGGUCGAAACGUUAAUCUUUUAACCUUACUUAAAUACAUUUUUAGUUUAAUGGUGAGCGAGUGUCGCGCCUUUACCUUUUCUGUGUUUAUUGAAUUUUUUGGUUGCACCUCGACUCACGUUGUUUGAGCGCCCUCCAAUUCUUUCCACAGGCUAUUAUUUUGGCCACUAUUUUGGCUAGCAUGGCUAUGCCCCCAUAGGAUGACAAUGCCUCCAUCCACAGGGCACGAGUGGUCACUGAAUGGUUUGAUGAGAAUGAAAACGAUUCAAACCGUAUGCUGUGACCGUCUAAAUCACCAGAUUUUAACCCAAUUGAACACUUAUGGGAGAUUCUGGAGCAGCGCCUGUGAUAGCACCAUCAACAAAACACCAAGUUAUGGAAUUUCUCGUGGAAGAAUGGUGUCGCAUCCCUGCAAUAGAGUUCCAGACACUUGCAGAAUCUAUGCCAAAGUGCAUUGAAGCUGUUCUGGCUCGUGGUGGCCCAACACUCUAUUAAGACACUUUAUGUUGGUGUUUCCUUUAUUUUGGCAGUUACCUGUAGCACCUGGGGAAACCUUUUCUGGAAACACACAGUUCUUCAUAGGUUUAUAUAGUCUCCACCACUCCCUUCUGUGCAUCUUGGAGGUGGAACAAAACCUAAGUACCUUAAUCAAUCACAUAAAUAUAACUUUCAACCCAGUCUGAAUUAUGUACAUGUACUAACUAGUAGACAGUCAGUCACUAUGAUGUCAUCAUCAUCUGAGCCUGGUCAUCAUGACAACAGUCACUAUGCAUAUCACUUCCCUUGCUAGGGAAGAAAGUGUGAUGUAUAUACAGUAUUUGCUAGUAUUAGUGCAUUUCUCUCCCCUGCCCCCCUCCCACUCCAUGUCACCCCUCUGCUUUGCUCCGCUGUGUCAUGCCUGUACACCUGAGUCGCUCAGGUCUCUGUGUCUCGCUCCAGCUGUGAUGUCUUGUUGAUGACAGUUGCUGGGUUGAAGCUCCUCCGCGCCUCCUUUUGCAAUCCAAGCUUCCAGUUCGUCACUCUCAUCUUCACAAUCGUCUUCUUCGAGUUCGACUGCAGCAGGGCCUCAGAGACCUUUCUGCUGGACUUCUUUAUCAUGUCCAUUGUCUUCCACAAGGUCAGUCUGCGACGUGACUGGAGACUGGUACACACACUCCCAAUGACAGACCUCUCACUACGAUAAUGUAGGAAAUAAAUACAACUCACUAUGACUGCGGUCCCCAAACUCCCUACAGUUGAUUAACAAACGUACAGUAGUAUUUUUUCGGGGUCUGUGUGAAGCAGCGAACACCUGCCAGCUGCUCUGUAUAUAGAGUGGCCUUCCUACUUUUGAUUACCUUGGAUUUAUUUUAGGAUCUGGUCUAAAAAUAACUGACUUUGCUGUCUGUCAGUGACUCACAGCAGGUCUUUGUUCCUCUACAGCUCAGUGAUCUGCUUCACAAGCUCCACUUCAUCAUGGUCUAUAUCGCACCGUGGCAGAUCGCAUGGGGCAGCGCCUUCCAUGCAUUUGCUCAGCCCUUCGCUGUGCCUCGUAUCCUUUGGUUUUGACAUGUGUAGGAACUACACAAGCUUCCACAUAUGUUUUGAGGUUGCUCUGACUGAAACUGUAAUGUAACAGCGAAUUUAACAGAAGAUAUGUGAGUAUGGUAAACCUGUUGUCUCCAGUUGAAUUGAUACCUGUUGGUUGUUCCUUGGUUGUGGUGGUUCUCCUUCAUGAUGCAGCUCAGACUCAGCCAUGUUGCUGCUGCAGACGUUCGUCACGACUCUGUUCUACACCCCUCUCAGCCCCUUCCUGGGCAGCGCCAUCUUCAUCACCUCCUACCCACGGCCCGUCAAGUUCUGGGAGAGGAACUACAAGUAAUGGCCUUUCACCGCUCGCAGCAUGAGAUAAAGCACCAUGAAAUAUGCAUGCACCCCUUAAUGCACCACGGUGUGUCGGCCGCACCCCAGGGCAUCCAGCCUUAGAGAUGGGACAUGGGAAAGUCCAUUAUGAAUAAAGAGGGGGAUGAGGGACGUCCGACUCAGUUUGAGUCUAUGACCAAACCAUUGAGUUAGGUCACUGUCAAUAACAUUUUGUUUUUCAUUUGAUAAAAGUUCAUUGUUAGUCACUCACAUCUGCUUCAUCUGUUUUUAAUGUGUUCAGGAAAUAUGCAAGUGGUGAAUUCUAUGGCCUCCUAAAUCCCCUGUGGACAUCCAUAUAAGGACAUUUCUGUCUCAGAGAUGAUGUCAUGCACUCAGCUGAAUGAGCUAAGUGUUAGUGCUAUCCUGGAUCCUUGGGAUCCUUUAACCCUAAACCCUAACCUUAACCACUACCCUUACCCUAACCUUAACCCUUACCUUAACCAUUUAAAAUUUCAACUUCAAUGGGGUAGGGACAUCCCAAGGAUUCCGGAUAGCAAGGACCCUGAGCUAAGUGCUCUAGGCUAGGGAUAGACAAGCAGAGUAUAGAGACUACCAAAGAUGGUGGAUAAAUGAAGAAGUCUUACUCAGGACGUUUGUCUCUCCCAUUGCGGUAGCAACUGGGUCUGGUCUGUUUAGUUAAUUGACUGAAAAAAGGAGCCAGUGAGAUGUCUCGCUUCCGCUUCCAUCUCUAACUCUACUCCAGUCACUGAGUUAUUGAUGAGGAUUUAUGUAACUCAUUUAACAGACAGAAAAGGUCCUAAAAAUAAACCAGAAUGCUCUCCUAUGGUAUGUUAGACAAUGUUUACCUUAUUUUAAUGAAUGUACUGUCUCCCUAAUCUAUGGUUUUGUACCAUUUUGCAGCACCAAACGCAUUGACAACUCUAAUAGCAGACUGGUAUCUCAGGUUGAUAAAGAGACAGGUAACAUUGAGUUUAUUGAAUAAAUAUCAACAUGUUUUUCCCCCUAAUUAACGUUAAAAUAAUAAUCUGAUUUAGAAUUUCUCAACUCUACAAGGAUCUUCUUAUGGUUAAUACAUGUUGGUUUGUUUCUCAUGUCAAUCAGUGUAUUUUACAUAAACCUUUAUUCCCCCAGGAUGCGACGACAACAACCUGAACUCCAUCUUCUAUGAGUAUCUGACGCGCUCUCUGCAGCACUCUCUGUGUGGUGACUUGAUGCUGGGCCGCUGGGGGAACUACAGCUCUGGAGACUGCUUCAUCCUGGCCUCUGACUACCUCAACGCCUUCGUUCACCUCAUCGAGAUUGGCAACGGCCUGGUCACCUUCCAGCUCCGAGGCCUGGAGUUCAGAGGUCAGAUACUGACUAAUAUACAGCAACACAGUGAGGAGCACUAUACCACAUCCAGAGCCAUAUACAGUGCAUUCGGAAAGUAUUCAGACCCUUUGACUUUUUCCACAUUUUGUUACGUUACAGCCUUAUUCUGAAAUAGAUUAAAUCGUUUUUUCCCCUCAUCAAUCUACACACAAUACCCCAUAAUGAAAAAGCAAAAACUGGUUUUUAGACAUUUUUGCAAAUGUAUUAAAAAUAAAAUACUACAUUUACAUAAGUAUUCAGACCCUUUACUCAGUACUUUGUUGAAGCACCUUUGGCAGCGAUUACAGUCUCGAGUCUUCUUGGGUAUGACGCUACAAGCUUGGCACACCUGUAUUUGGGGAGUUUCUCCCAUUCUUCUCUGCAGAUCCUCUCAAGCUUUGUCAGUUGUAUGGGGAGCAUCGCUGCACAGCUAUUUUCAGGUCUCUCCAGAGAUGUUUGAUCAGGUUCAAGUCCGGGCUCUGGCUGGGCCACUAAAGGACAUUCAGAGACUUGUCCCAAAGUCACUCCUGCAUUGUCUUGGCUGUGUGCUUACAGUCGUUGUCCUAUUGGAUGGUAAACCUUCGCCCCAGUCUGAGUUCCUGAGCACUCUGGAGCAGGUUUUCAUCAAGGAUCUCUCUGUACUUUGCGCCGUUCAUCUUUCCCUCGAUCCAGACUAGUCUCCCAGUCCCUGCCGCUGAAAAACAUCCACACAGCAUGAUGCUGCCACCACCAUGCUUCACCGUAGGGAUGGUGCCAGAUUUCCUCCGGAGGUGACCCUUGGCAUUCAGGCCAAAGAGUUCAAUCUUGGUUUCAUCAGACCAGAGAAUCUUGUUUCUCAUGGUCUGAGAGUCCUUUAGGUGCCUUUUGGCAAACUCCAAGCGGGCUGUCAUGUGCCUUUGACUGAGGAGUGGCUUCCAUCUGGCCACUCUACCAUAAAGGCCUGAUUGGUGGAGUGCUGCAGAGAUGGUUGUCCUUCUGGAAGGUUCUCCCAUCUCCACAGAGGAACUCUGGAGCUCUGUCAGAGUGACCAUCGGGUUCUUGGUCACCUCCCUGACCAAGGCCCUUCUCCCCCGAUUGCUCAGUUUGGCCGGGCGGCCAGCUCUAGGAAGAGUCUUGGUGGUUCCAAACAUCUUCCAUUUAAGAAUGAUGGAGGCCACUGUGUUCUUGGGGACCUUCAAUGCUGCAGAAAUGUAUUGGUACCCUUCCCCAGAUCUGUGCCUCGACACAACCCUGUCUCAGAGCUCUACGGACAAUUCCUUCAUCCUCAUGACUUGGUUUUUGCUCUGACAUGCACUGUCAACUGUGGGACCUUUUAUAGAUAGGUGUGUUCCUUUCCAAAUCAUGUCCAAUCAAUUGAAUUUACCACAGGUGGACUCCAAUCAAGUUGUAGAAACAUAUCAAGGAUGAUCAAUGGAAACAGGAUGCACCUGAGCUCAAUUUCGAGUCUCAAGCAAAGGGUCUGAAUACUUAUGUAAAUAAGGUAUUUCUGUUUUUUAUUUUUAAUACAUUUGCAAAAAUGUCUAAACCUGUUUUCGCUUCGUCAUUAUGGGGUAUUGUGUGUAGAUUGAUGGAAACAAUUAUUUAAUCAAUUUUAGAAUAAGGCUGUAACGUAACAAAAUGUGGAAAAAGGGAGGGGGUCUGAAUACUUUCCGAAUGCACUGUACAUCUAUAUACACACUCUACUGAUAUGGGAAAUAUCUUGACUGUGUUGAAUGUUACAUGUUUGAUACAUUUAAUUUAAUUCAGAAGUUAUUCCAUUUUUAUUUGAAAUUGUUUUAUAUAAUAAUCAUAAGCCUUACAUCUCUACCACAGACUUACAAUCACCAUUAACAUGAUGGUCUGUGCUCCUUCUCCUCCUCCCCAGGUACAUACUGCCAGCAGAGGGAGGUAGAGGCCAUCACUGAGGGGGUGGAGGAGGACGAUGCCUGUUGCUGCUGUGAGCCGGGCCACCUGCCCCACGUCCUGUCCUGCAACGCGGCCUUCAACCUGCGAUGGCUGGCCUGGGAGGUCACCACCACCAAGUACCUGCUGGAGGGCUACAGUAUCAGCGAGAACAACGCUGCCACCAUGCUGCAGGUGUACGACCUGCGCAAACUGCUCAUCACCUACUAUCUGAAGGUUUUAGACCUUUUUACUUCUUAUGGAAAUGUAACAGACAAAGGUUUUUGAAUUUGAAUUUAACCUAUGAUCUAAGCAGUAUUAUAAACUGAGUGGUUUGAGGCCUGAAUGCUGAUUGACUGAAAGUCGUGGUAUAUCAGACCAUAUACCACGGGUAUGACACAAAUUACUUGUUUACUGUUCUAAUUAUGUUGGUAACCAGAUUAUAAUAGCAAUAAGGCACCUCAGGGGUUUGUGAUAUAUGGCCAAUAUACCACGAUUAAUGGCUGUAUCUAGGCACUCCGCGUUGCGUCGUGCAUAGGAACAGCCCUUAGCCAUGGUAUAUUGACCAUAUACCACACCCCCUCAGGCCUUAUUGCUUAAUUAUAUUCACUUUUGUUUACUUUCACCAUCUUUGUAAUUCAUUACCGGUUUUAUUUCAUAAGCAGUUCAAUACGUUUCAUCCCACGGUAAGUCUGAGCAUCGUCUUAUGCAAGCAAAAGGGAGUAGACCAUAAAAAAAUAUAUUUGAACCUCAUCAAUCUUCUGUUAUUAUUCCCUCUCGUUUCACUUCUAGAGCAUAAUCUACUACCUGAUCCACUCUCUGAAGCUACAGGCGUGGAUCAAGGAUCCCUCUAUCACGGAGGCUCUGGUGUCCUACACCAAGUGGCACCACAUAGAGAGAGACCCAGCCGUGUUCAGCGUUAAGAUAGACGAGGACUACGUCCACUGCCUCCAGGGUGUCACCAGGGCCAGCUUCUGUAACGUCUAUCUGGAGUGGAUCCAGUACUGUGCCAACAAAAUGGAGGAGGUGAGUGGAGAUGUGAGAUUGCAAUGAACAGUACAAUCAUGCAUGUAGUCAAGAAAAACUCCAGUCCCCAGUCUAGGUCAUUCUUUCUGGUCAGCUCAUGUGGUUAGGAAAACUCCAGACCCAAGUCUAGUUAAUUUUUCCUGGUCAGGAAAACUCCAGGCCCUCCAGGCCCAAGUCUAGUUCAUUUUUCCUGUUCAGGAAAACUCUAGGAACUAGUUCAUUUUUACAUUUACAUACAUUUUACAUUUUAGUCAUUUAGCAGACGCUCUUAUCCAGAGCGACUUACAUGAGCAAUUAGGGUUAAGUGCCUUGCUUAAGGGCACAGACAGAUUUUUCACCUAGUCGGCUCGGGGAUUAGAACCAGCGACCUUUCGGUUACUGGCACAACGCUCUUACCCACUAAGCUACCUGCCGCCUAUUUUUCCUGAUAAGGUGUGGUCAGGAAAAACUCCAGGGCCUUAUCAUGACAUGCAAUAUGUCCCCAUGUUGUACAGUUUGGUUUCCUUGCUGCUGGUCAUUUCAGUGGAUGUGAACACUGAUGACCUUUGACCUUUGUGUUUUGCCAGCCUGUGGACUGUGACGAGGACUCCCCUCUGGUCACUCUGUGCUAUGCCUUGUCUGUGCUGGGCAGGAGAUCCUUGGGGACAGCAUCUCACAACAUGUCCAACAGGUAAACCUUCCAUAGCUGUCAAAUAUUCAUUCCUUUCAUGUUAAAUAUGGGGUUUUAUUACCCUCCAGGCAUGGAUGGUAAAAACACAUCAAUCCACACUAAGCUGUAGUUCCAUUAAGAUUCCAUAAGGGGGCAGCUAUGUCUCUCGUGUGGUCAGGUGCCACAAGGAAGGACCUCGGAAAAUUACAAUUGGCUCAGAACAAUGCAGCACGGCUGGCCCUUAAAUGUAAACGGAGAGCUAACAUUAAUAAUAUGCAUGUAAAUCUCUCAUGGCUUAAAGUGGAGGAGAGAUUGACUUCAUCACUACUUGUUUUUGUAAGAAGUGUUGACAUGCUGAACGCACCGAGGUGUCUGUUUAAACUACUAUCACACGGUUCGGAUACCCAUGCAUACCCCGGACACCCAUGCAAUCCCCAAGUCAAGAACAGACUAUGGGAGGCGCACAGUACUACAUAGAGCCAUGACUAUAUGGAACUCUAUUCCACAUCAGGUAACUGAUGCAAUCAGUAGAAUCAGAUUUUAAAAACUGAUACAAAUACACCUUAUGGAACAGCAGGUGAAGAGACACACACACACAGGAACAGACACGCAUACGCACACACACGCUAGCACACGCCCUCUACACACACGUACAUUGUAGUAUUGUUGUAUGGUGGUUUUAUACAUUUUGUAUUGUAGAUAUGUAGUGGUGUAAUAAUGUUAUAUGAUGUACUGUUUUAUAUUUUGUUUUAUGUGUGAUGUAAGUGCCUUAAUGUGUUUGGACCCCAGGAAGAGUAGAUACAAAUACAGUGUAGUAUCACAGUACACUGUAUACAAGUACACUGUAGUAUCACAGUACACUGUAUACAAGUACACUGUAGUAUCACAGUGGUACGCAAGUCUCUAUAAACUCUAACCCUCUGUUUGCUAUAAUGUGAUAAAAACCUUGACAAUGGUCCCUUUCUCUGUCUCUCUAACUCAGUUUGGAGUCGUUCUUGUAUGGGUUCAACACUCUGUUCAAAGGAGACUUCCGUAUUGCCACUAAAGAUGAGUGGGUGUUUACGGAUAUGGAUCUGCUGCAGAAAGUGGUGGCCCCAGGUGUGAGGAUGAGUCUCAAGCUCCAUCAGGUAUUCACAAUAGCCAAUCUUGAAGACAAUAACAUUUGCUCUCUUGCUCCCUUAUUGAAGUAGGAUAUGUAGGUGACUGUACAUUUAACCUUGAACUCUUCCUGUGCAUUCUCAGUGGACUGUACAUGUAUCUAUUAACUAUGGUAUCUUGCUGUACAGUGCCUUCAGAAAGUAUUCACACCCCUUGACUUUUUCCACAUUUUGUUGUGUUACAGACUGAAUUUAAAAUGGAUUAAAUUGAGAUUUUUUGGUCACUGGCCUACACACAAUACCCCAUAAUGUCAACAUGGAAUUAUGUUUUUAGAAAUGUUUACAAAUUAAUUUAAAAUGAAAAGCUGAAAUGUCUUCAGUCAAUAAGUAUUCAACUCCUUUGUUAUGGCAAGCCUAAAUUAGUAAACAGGAGUAAACAUUUGCUUAACAAGUCACAUAAUAAGUUGAAUGGACUGUGUGCACUAAUAGUGUUUAACAAGAUUUUUGACUAACUACCUCAUCUCUGAUCUGUAAGGUCCCUCAGUUGAACAGUGAAUUUCAAACACAGAUUCAACCACAAAGACCAGGGAGGUUUUCCAAUGCCUCGCAAAGAAGGGCACCUAUUGGUAGAUUGUUUUUUUUUUUUAAAGCAGACAUUGAAUAUCCCUUUGAGCAUGGUGAAGUUAUUAAUUACACUUUGGAUGGUGUAUCAAUACACCCAGUCACUACAAAGAUACAGGCGUGCUUCCUAACUCAGUUGCCAGAGAGGAAGGAAACCGCUCAGGGAUUUCAUCAUGAGGCCAAUGGUGACUUUAAAACAGGUACAGAGUUUAAUGGCUGCGAUAUGAGAACACUGAGGAUGGAUCAACAACAUUGUAGUUACUCCACAAUACUAACCCAAAUGACAGAGUGAAAAGAAGGAAGCCUGUACAGAAAAAAAAUAUUCCAAAACAUGCAUCCUGUUUGUCCUGAAAACAAACUGUUAUGUCUUUGGCAAAUCCAAUACAACACAUUACUGAGUACCACUCUCCAUGUUUUCAAGCAUAGUGGUGGCUGCAUCAUGUUAUGAGUAUUAUUGUAAUCAUUAAGGACUGGGGAGUUUUUCAGGAAAAAAAAAACAGAAUGGCGCUAAGCACCAAAUCUACACUGGAGUUUCUUACCAAGACAGUAAAUGUUCCUGAGUGGCCGAGUUACAGUUUUAACUUAAAUCUACUUGAAAAUCUAGGGCAAGACCUGAACUUGGUUGUCUAGCAAUGAUCAGCAACCAAUAUGACAAAGCUUGAAGAAUUUUGAAAAGAAUAAUGGGCAAAUGUUGCACAAUCCAUGUGUGGAAAGCUCUUAGAGACUUAUCCAGAAAGACUCGCAGCUGUAAUUGCUGCCAAAGGUGAUUCUAACAUGUAUUGGCUCAGGGGGUUGAAUACUUAUAUAUCUAAUACAUUUUUUUUCUUCAUAUUGUUUUUUACAAAUGUUAUAAUUUCUCUUCCACUUUGACAUUACAGAAUAUUUUGUGUAGAUUGUUGACAAAAAAUUCAAUUAAAUCCAUUUUAAUCCCACUUUGUAACACAACAAAAUGUGGAAAAAGUCAAGGGGUGUGAAUACUUUCUGAAGGCACUUUACAGUAGAGCUGCAAAGAUUUAUUUAUUUAGGCCAGGAUGCAUUGUCGAUAAGUGCACUGACUGCACUUUGCUUUUAAAGGUUAUUUACCCUUGAGCUGACAUCUGCAGUGUUUACUGUGAAUGUGAUUCCCGCAAAUGUCAGAGAAAUUUAAAAGGAGCAAUUCACGGGUAAAAGCUGCGGAUGUCGGCUCAAGCGCAAAUUACAGUAGAAAAGUUUUCGACAAUGCUUUAUUGAAUCCUGUCCUUAAAGUGGUUCAGUAAAUCCCUGAAAUAAAGCUUUUACUUACGGCGGUUCUACUUACUGCUCUGUUCCUUGGUUGUUCUCAGGACCACUUCACAUGUCUGGAGGAGACCGAGGAGCCAGCCAUCUUGUACGAGGCCAUUAGUAACUACAAGACCAGUCUGGUGAUCUGCCAUGAAAGUGACCCAGCCUGGAGGAAGGCGGUUCUGUCCAGCCGGGACACUCUUCUUACACUGAGACACAUGGUGGACGACGGCACGGACGAGUACAAGAUCAUCAUGCUCUACAAACGCCACCUCAGCUUCAAGGUCAUAAAGGUGGGUGUGGGAUGAAUGGUGUACAGUAGGGUGAAGUUGCCCCUAGACACUGAUCUAGGGUCAGUUUUGCAUUUUCCCCAUCAAUGGUUAAAAAACUGAAGUAAGCAAUAUGGCAGUUUUUCUGGCACUGACUUCAGUGCCUUCAGAAAGUAUUCACACCCCUUGACUUUUUCCACAUGUUAUUGUGUUACAAAGUGGGAUUAAAUGGAUUUAAUUGUAAUUUUUUGUCAAAGUGGAAGUACAAAUGUGUGUUGUGUAUUCAGAUGUCAGUAAUACUACCCUCUUCAUCCUCUCCUCUCUUCUAGAUAAAUAAGGAGUGUGUAAGGGGCCUGUGGGCCGGCCAGCAGCAGGAGCUGGUGUUCUUGCGCAACCGCAACCCGGAGCGCGGCAGCAUCCAGAACUCCAAGCAGGCCCUGCGAAACAUGAUCAACUCGUCGUGCGACCAGCCGCUGGGCUACCCCAUGUACGUGUCCCCCCUCACCACCUCCUACAUGGGCACCCACAAGCAGCUGAGGAGCAUCUGGGGCGGCCCUCUCAGCCUGGACAGCAUCAGGACCUGGCUCUUCUCCAAGUGGCUGCGGUGAGUGCUGGCUGCCAAGGGGAAACAGAAGGGUCUCCUUUAUCAGCCAGUCUGCUAAUGCUCUGCUCCCCUAUGGAUGGAAUCCAAUCAAGGCCUUUUCUGCUGUGACAGCACCACUCUUCCCAAACCCUAUAGGGCUAAAGUGCUGCUACGUGUUUGGCUGCAUCCAGAGCGAUUGAAAUAACUAACUGACCAUUAGCAUCUUCUGUUAGUCUAAUGGAACUUUUAUGUUUAGUGUGUGUAUUGGGUGGAGGUACGGCUGCACUGUGUAAGCCUUUUAUAGAUCCAUGCUUUCGAUUGAGAUUAGAUGUAGAUUUUUAAAUCCAGAUUCAUUGCCCUUGAGUUAAAUGUUUUUACAAAAUGUUAAUAGCGCUGUCGAAGGGCAUAGAAAGGUAACAUAGGCCUGUGUGUGUGUGUGUGUGUGUGUGUGUGUGUGUGUGUGUGUGUGUGUGUGUGUGUGUUGUGUUGCAGGGUGCGGAAGGAUAACCUGACCAGUUGUAACAGUGGGGUGAACAUGGAGGAUGUGGACUGUGCAGGGGGCUCCUCUUCUCUGAGCCACAACCCAAACUCCAUCACCUCCCAGAGCCUGAGUCUUUACCAGGCCAGGCCCAACAGGACCUCUCACGCCAAUAGGCAGCACGCUGCAGGUUUGGUUCACCAGCUUUUCUCUACUGGAGAUGCACACAUAUGCUCUCAACAAAUGCAAUACAUAAUAUGUUUAAAGGGAUGGUUCACCCAAGUUACUAAUUUACAUAUUGGUUUCCUUACCAUGAAAGCAUUACACAUCUAAGUAGAGUACAUUGAUGUGUCUUGCACAGCUAUGUUCAGGGUUCUGCCAUGUUAGGUUCUGCCAGCUAUGUUCAUGGUUCUGCCAUGUUAGGUUCUGACAGCUAUGUUCAUGGUUCUGCCAUGUUAGGUUCUGCCAGCUAUGUUCAUGGUUCUGCCAUGUUAGGUUCUGCCAGCUAUGUUCAUGGUUCUGCCAUGUUGGGUUCUGCCAGCUAUGUUCAUGGUUCUGCCAUGUUAGGUUCUGCCAGCUAUGUUCAGGGUUCUGUCAUGUUAGGUUCUGACACUGACUGUGUCUUCUUGCCUUCAUGUGCAUCCAUCCAGCCAGGAGAGAGUACCGGAGCCGCUCAGUGCAGCCCCAGAGCCAGCGGCCUCCAGUCACCAGCCAGUCAGGGCCCAUCCUGGACAGCCAGCAGGUGUCAGCUUCGGCCAACGGCCUGGUACAGCGCCUCUCCAACAGCCAGCUGUCCUUCAACACCUCCAUCGCCUCCAUCUUCUCCCAGGUGCCGCGGCUCUCCACGGCCGGGGGCCAGCUGAGCUCCCAGCUCCAGGCUGCAGCCCACCACCGCUCAAGCCAGGUGUCCUCCUCCAGCUCCACCCUCAGCCUGCUGUUCGGCAAGAGGAGCUUCUCCAGCGGUCUGGUCAUUUCCGGCCUGUCGGCGGCCGAGGGGGGCAACACCACGGACACGCAGUCGUCCAGCAGCGUCAACAUCGCCAUGGGUGGACCCUCCUGCCGGUCCACUAGCCGAGCCACACAGGUAGAAGUCAGAGCUCCAGCCCGAUAACAUAUUUAGUAGCAUUUAUUAAGCUUAAUUCAUGAGACUAAAUUAACGUUUAACUAUGUUGUGGUUAACUAUGUUAGCGUUUAAUGUCAACAGUUGAUUGAGGACACUUAUCAGACAUGGGUCAGAACCUUUAAAUAAGUCAAAUUCAAAUUAGACAACAUUUGCUUUUUAACUGGUACAAUGCAUCAGAUUUCAGAUUGUAUUAAAUCAAUUUAAUAAAAUAAUUAAUAAUUCAUUAAUACUUUUCUAUCUGUUCUAUGUUUCUCCCAGUGGACAUCAGAGCCCUACGAGAGUAUAGACGCAACCUACUCCAACACUCCCAAUGGCGCGAAAGACAACAAGCCUUCAAGUGACAAAUGCUGCACACAGGGCGCGGAUAAGAGCCAGGAGGACACAACGACUUCUGAAACCCAGGAACUUCCAGAGCAAAAGACUAUCUGA